AAUUGCUCUGCUACGGCCCUGUCCGACACCGCGGGACCAACCAGUUGUCCAAAGGUUCAGCAAUGAGAGCUAUCCGACUCAAUCGUGCUGAAACCAGGACACCAAGUCGACAGACCUCGACAUACCAUGUGGUUUACAACUGAAUCCAGAGAGCGCCCACCAUGGCUUCUCAAGUACCGUUCCUCCACAGCCUUCAUCAUCGCGACAGUUUGGACCUCUUCGUUCACGGACUACUUCCUCUAUGCUAUGAUCGUCCCCGUCAUGCCAACAGCCCUAGUCGACCGCGCGAAGAUACCCUAUGAAGACCGCGAACGCUGGGUCAGCAUUCUCCUCAUCUGCGAAGCCACCGUCGCAUUCGUCUGCUGCCCGAUAUUCGGAUACCUGAUCGAUGUGGCACCCACGCGCAAACUUCCCUACCUCCUCGGCCUCAUCCUGCUCGGCGCAUCGAUGCUCAUUCUCUGUCUCGCACGCACCAUCGGCUUCUUCGUCAUCGCACGGCUCCUACAAGGCGGUGCAACCGCCAUGGUCGUUGUCGCCGGACUCGCCCUUCUCACCGACUCUGUCCCAUUCGAAAACCUCGGCCAGACCGUCGGAUACCUAGGGUCAGCGGUUACGCUAGGGUUCCUUCUAGGACCGCUACUGGGGGGUCUCGUGUAUCGGGUUGCAGGGUAUCAGCCCGUAUUCGCAAUGGCGUUUGCCAUUGUAGGAAUCGACCUGGUAAUGCGAUUUGCAGUGAUCGAAAAGAGAGUCGCGAAGCGGUGGAUGGCGCUGUCGCAAGAUGAUGCCGACAGCAACAACGAAACCAAUCACGACAAUCCAUCCGAUGAUAACCCACCUCAACCCGACACCACAGACAACGAUGCAACCAUCAUACCCAAGCACUCUCGUAAACCCACCCCCCUACUUCUCCUCCAACAGCCCCGCAUCCUCAUAUCAUCCUGGGGCCUCCUCGUCCACGGCAUGAUAUACGCAGCCUUUGACGCCACAAUCCCCAUCUUCGUAGAAUCCCACUUCAACUGGACCCCCCUAGGCGCCGGCCUAACCUUCCUCCCCUCCUCCAUGACCGCUCUCUUCGAGCCCUACUUCGGGAAACUAACCGACACUCUAACCCCCCACCCCAUAGCAACAGCCACCUUCCUCCUCCUCCCCAUCCCACUAACCCUUCUGGCGCUCUCCAGCCAGCCAACAACAACCCAUAUCACCCUCCUAAUGAUAAACCUCACCCUCACCGGCCUCCUCGUCAACAUAGCAACGCCCGCCCUGUACCUCGAGACGCAGCGCGUCCUGGACACCAUGGAGCGCCGACAGCCGGGGAUCUUCGGGCCAAGGGGCGCAGUCGCCCAGGCGUUCGGGAUUCAGACGAUGGCGCAGUUUCUGGGACUGAGUUUGGGGCCGUUGGCGGGGUUCGUAGAGGGGAGGUUUGGGUGGGGGAGUGUGGUUGUGGGGUUGGGGGUGGUUUGUUUGGGGACGGGGGUGGUGGUGGGGGUUGGGUUGAAAGGUGAUUGUUGUGGGUAUGGGGGGGAGGGUGGAGGUGAGGGGGAUGUGGAUGGGGAAGGUGAGAGGGAGAGGUUGCUUGGUGGUGAUUGAUUAGGUAGGUGAAGUAGUACCAGGAUAUAGAUUUGAGUUACGUUCUUGGUUUCGAGUAGGAGAAGUUUUGUAUGUAAGUUUGUUUGGUUUAGAUAGUAGAACCUAGGUCAGUCAUGUACUGAUUGAUACAUUCGUAUUUCAGAUCAGAUCUAACAUCCAUUCA